UUACGUGGGAGGGAGAGAGAGAGAGAGAGCACUUGCGCGUGCUCAACGCUUUCCCACCCGUUUCCAAGCAUUUCCCCAAACGCCUUUACUCCUCUGCCCAAAACAAAUCAAACCCCAUCACAACACGAAUACCGUAACUACACACAAACCCAAGCAAAUUCCUUGUAAUUAACAGUUUUGGAUGGUGUCACCGCCGGUGCACGCGGGUCAGGCCCCGCCGAACCCCCAGCAGACCCAGCAGUUCCUGAGCUCCGUCCUCUCCCAGCGCGGACCCUCGGCGCUCCCCUACUCCGAGGACACCAAGUGGCUCAUCCGCCAGCACCUCGUCGCUCUCUCCUCCGCCUACCCCUCUCUCGAGCCCAAAACGGCGACGUUCACCCACAACGACGGCCGUUCCGUCAACCUCCUCCAGGCCGAAGGCACCGUCCCCAUGUCCUUCCAGGGCCUCACCUACAACAUCCCCGUCAUCAUCUGGCUCAUGGAGUCCUACCCCCGCCACCCUCCCUGCGUCUACGUCAACCCCACGCGCGACAUGGUCAUCAAGCGCCCCCACGCCCACGUCAACCCCUCAGGCCUCGUCUCCGUCCCUUAUCUCCAAAACUGGAUCUACCCCAGCUCCAAUCUCGCCGGCCUGGCCCACGAUCUCAGCCUCCACUUUGGCCGCGACCCACCUCUCUAUUCCCAGCGCCGCUCCGCCCCUAACCCUAGCCCUAACCCUAACCCUAGCCCUAGCCCUAGCCCUAGCCCUAGCCCCAGUUUCAGUCAUCCCAAUGGAAAUGCCUCCAGCGUGGGCUACACGCGCCCGCCGAGGGUGUACCCGCCGUCUCCUUAUGGUGGGGCGCAGACGGAGGACCCGGCGGAGGUGUACAAGAGGAACGCGGUGAACAGGCUGGUGGAGGUAGUCCACGCAGACAUCUCCGGGAUCAGGAAGGCCCGUGAGGGGGACAUGGACGCGCUCUUCAACGCGCAGGCCGUGCUCAGACACCGCGGAGAAGAGAUAAACAGAGGCCACAAGGAACUGAUCGACGAGAAGGAAGCGUUGGAGCAGCAGCUGCAGAUGGUUUUGAUGAACGGCGACGUCUUGGAGUCGUGGCUGAGAGACAACCAAGCCAAGAUUGCGAGGGGUUUAGGUGGCCACGCGAUAGACGUGGACGACGCCUUCGAUUGCGUGGAUGCGUUGUCGAAGCAGAUGGUCGAGUGCGCGGCCGCGGACUUGGCCAUCGAGGAUGUGGUGUAUUCGCUGGACAAGGCGGCGCAGGAUGGUGUGAUGCCGUUCGAUCAGUACCUGAGGACGGUGCGAUUGUUGUCGCGCGAGCAGUUCUUCCACCGCGCCACUGCCGCGAAGGUGCGUGCCUCUCAGAUGCAGGCGCAGGUGGCCAAUAUGGCCUCCAGGAUUUCACAUUUUGGCGGUGAUACGGAGCAACUGCGCGUUCGAGCUUGAGCUUGAGCUUGAGCUUGAUUGAUUGGUUAUACCAAGUCGUAUAGUGUAACGUCAGUGAUCCUUCCUUGCAGAAUGCUAGUAUAGGCGACUCUUUAAGGAGGUAGUGCCUUCUUGGUUUGGGUCUGUACGUAUGAAGAAAGACUAAUACUUGGGGAAGCAAGUUUUAUUUUCUGCCCAAAACCCUAGUGGUUCCUUUCAAGUUGUUGCUCUACAUGCUUAUGGAUGUCACAGUUGAAAAGGUGCAGAUUAUUGUACUGAAAACCAUCAAAGAAGUAGACUUAAAGAUGUAGGCUCAGGAUUGGCUUAUAUUGUGUAGAAACUUGUUUGCUUCCAUUCAAUUCUCUCUCACUGGAUUCUUACACUAGAUUGCAAGCAUUUCAUGAUUGGUCGAAGGUUACCUUCAUCUUAAACACGUCAGUUUAAUAGACUAGAUCAUCGGAGAAGUCUCGUAUAACCCAGUUUGGAAGAAAACAUUGUUUGAACUCUACUCGAACUUUUCCCCUUUAACGGACUUCAAAGCUGCGGUCGAUGACUCUUCCAAACUCCGACGCCAAAGUGUAUACAUUAGGUGGGGGUGAUCAUCGGAGAGUACUCGGAGCAAUCCUUGUGCAUAUCACCAUUCAAUGAUAAUGUAAU